AGACUAAAUAAAAUCAUUUUACCAAUUUUUGAAUUUUAAUAAUUACCAAGUUAAAACUUUGACUUUUAAAAUUUUUAAAGUCAAACGUAAAACUAUAGUUUUGUACGUUGGCUCUGAUACCACUGAAAGGUAACCAUGCAAGGAUAGGCAGCGGAAUAUAAAAAAUUUUAACAUCCUAACAUGAUUAUCUUGUCCAGAAUCACGUACUAAAACUUAUAGUGAAACGGCUGCGGAAUUUCGAUGAAGCAAGUCGACGGAGUCUACCUUCCCAAAACCGAAGAAGAGUUCGACGAGAAUGACUUCAAGAAGAUGGAGCUCAACGCUAAGGCAAUAAACAUAAUUUAUUGCGGCAUAAACGCAGAUGACUACCGAAAGAUCUCGCGAUGCGAAACCGCAAAGCAAAUGUGGGAGAAGUUAGAAAUCACCUAUGAAGGAACCCCCCAAGUUCGGGAGGCCAAAAUAGACCAACUCACCCACGAGUACGAAUUGUUCUCAAUGAAGGAGAAUGAGAAGGUGGAAGAGAUGUUCGAGAGGUUCUCCAACAUCAUCAAUCCUCUCAACCUUCUCGGAAAGGUCUACACCGACCAAGAACUUGUAAGGAAGGUGUUGCGGAGCUUGUCACCCAAGUGGCGUUCAAAGGUGGAUGCAAUCGAGAAAGGGCGCGGCUUCCAAACGAUGACUUACGAUUCUCUUCAAGGUAAUCUCAUUACCUACGAUACCACUCAAUUUUCAAAAGUGGUUGAAGAGAAGAACAAGAGAAGCUUCGCUCUUCCCGCAACAACGUCAACCAACAAAGUUGACGACGAAGAUGAUGAUAGUGAUGACACCGACAUCAAGCUCUUCGUACGGAGAUUCAAGAAGAUGAUGAACAAAACGGGAGCCAAGAACGAGAAGGACAAGAAGGCACAAAAGAAGCAACAUGCCUACAUCUCUUGGGAGAACGAUGGCUCCGGAAGUGAAGAUUCCGAAGCGGAGGAGAUGGCCAAUCUUUGCCUCAUGGCCAUUGAAGAAGAUCCAGCAUCUAAGGAGAAUGAAGUUAAGUUCAACGCAUUCGUAUAUGUUGAUUCCGUCCAAGAUAAUCGAUUGUCACUUCAUGACAAUCAAUUGUCGCAUGGUUUCGUCCAAGAUACCCAAGUUCAGAGGGGCCUGAUAAUCGAUAUUUGCUACUGUGAUAAUCGAUUAUCACAUGAACUAGCUCCGACUCGGGAUUCCGCAGGGCCUGAUAAUUAAUUAUCAGGUAUGUGACAAUCGAUUAUCACGCUUGAUAGAUCAACUGAGGAGUUCAGCGUGGCCUGAUAAUCGAUUAUCACGCUUGAUAGAUCAACUGAGGAGUUCAGCGUGGCCUGAUAAUCGAUUAUCAUGCUCUGUAAAUCGAUUAUCAAGGCACGCUGAUUCCUAUUUUGUCUGUUUGAUUGCCGUCAAUACGUUGGAAGUUUUCGGUACGAAUGUUUAUGUUUACACAUUUAAUAAGCUGUGAAAUUAUGG